AUGUGUGCCGUUCGGCCUCCUCAAAUCUUGAGCAUCACUAAAGGUCACAAUAGCAAGAUCCGGCGAAUCAGAUGGGAACCCAUCACCUUUUUCGAAGAAGAGGAAAAAGGCAUUAUCUUCCCCCACUCUGAUCUCAUGAUCAUAAAAGCUGACAUUGCCAAUUUGGACGUAGGCCGAAUCCUCAUCGACAUCAGCAGUUCAGUUAACGUGCUAUUUGCCAAUGCAUUCAACGGCCUUGAAAUCAAGCACCAGUGCCUCAACCAGGACAUUACCCCUCUUUUGAGCUUCUCAGGUGAUGUUGAACCGAUCGGAAACAUCCAGCUCUCCAUCGCCAUUAACGCCACCUCCAGAAGAUCAAUUGUCUACACUCACGUCCUGGCCAGCACUGACCCAAAUGAAGGCCAUACUGUCGCAACACAUGUUCCUCAUGAAAUUCCCGAUGCACUCUGGCGUUGGCCAAAUGCGAGGGGAUCAAUUAAGUGUAUGGACGUGUUAUGUAUUGGUGACCAAAGACACAAGUCAUAUGCAGUCUCAACCGUCGUGACCAUACCGAACGGCAAGGGAUGGACCGAUCUACCUGACGAUCCUCGAGACGAAGCUGUCACUCCCCAAGCCCAGGCAGUCGAAGACCUAGAAACGGUAUCUCUCUCCGACACACUACCCGACCAGCAGGUCAGGACCGGCACAAUCCUCAGUCUACCAUUGCGAGCCGAAUUCAUCACCUUUCUUAGGGCCAAUUCGGAGAAAUGGCGAGCCUAUGACGCCGAACAGUAUGAAGCAAUGAAGCUUGAAAUAGAUAUAUUAUGGACAAUCGGCUUCAUCCGAAAGGUAGUAUACCUGAUCUGGCUUGCAAAUUCGGUCAUUGUAAAGAAAGUUAGUAGGGCCUGGCGAAUGUGUCAAGAUUAUACCAAUCUAAACAAGGCAUGCCCGAAGGACAGUUUCCUGCUACCUAGAAUUAACCAAUUGGUGGACGCCACAGCAGGCAACGAACUAUUGAGUUUCAUGGAUGUCUAUUUAGGUUACAACCAGAUUUUUAUGCAUCAUGCCAAUCGCGAACACACGACAUUCAUCACCGACAAAGGGCUCUACUGCUACAAUAUCAUGACCUUCGGCCUGAAAAACACAGGGGUAACCUAUCAACGGUUGGUCAACAAGAUGUUUGCUGAACUUAUCGACACCUCGAUGGAAGUUUAUGUAGACGACAUGCUAGUCAAGAGCAAGACUGCUGAUCGCCAUCUUCACAAUCUCUCUCUCAUGUUCGGCAUCCUGAAGGAUUACAACAUGCGUCUCAAGGCUAAGGUCAACCCUGUGGCUCACACCGAUAGAUCAAUUAGAUAUGAAUCAUCAUUCACGACCGAUUCACUCGUCAAGUUCAUUAAUCGGCAAGCUCUCCCGAAUGCCCCUUUGAACAUACUAUCAGUACUAGCUACCAAACAACCCUCGAGCAUGUGUUCAGCAUGCCUUGCCAAUCCUGCAGGACAACGUCGAACCUCCCACCAAGACAUGUCGGGACGCUUGUCGACCACUAAAAGCACUCCCACAAGUCCCACAUUGAAACUAAGUGCCAAGUGA